AUGGCUUGGCGCCUCGACGUCGUCACCCUGCUCGCCGUCAUUGGCGAGUCUUCGAUCGCCGACCAUUCCCAGACCAUCACAGCCAGCGCCCUGUGUCUGUUGCCACGCAUCAUUCCAGCACCGCAAGCUCUCCUCAAGCCCUCGAGGCCGGUACGCCUGCCCGAGGUCAAGGCCAAGAUGACUGGCGUCUACAGCGGUGUCGUUCUCGACAGCGUUGGCUUCUUCGCCAACAUCAUACAUCCUCUCGAUGAGCUCCCGGCAUUUGCUUUCAAGGUCCUCGAGAUUACACACACGGACAUGAACACGGCAGGAGAUGUCGAGCUCGGUCAGCGAGUCACGACGAACGGGCGGCCGUUGCUGAGUAGACUCCGCACGGGCCAAACUGCGACGGCCCUUUCCCAGCCACGUUCUGCGAAAUCCGUGCGGAUACCAGGUCCUCCUCCGGAUGCAGAGCUUGCCCCUGCCGAGGCACAGCCACGGACGAGUGCCAUCAGCAGGGCGAGUCGCCGAGACGGCGAGGACCCCCAACCGGGCAUCAAGAGACGGCACACUGUCAAGGAGAGAGUACAAGACUUUGUGGCCAACCCUACCUUGGCCAACACGCAAGAGCGCCCGGCCAUCCCCGCCACGUUGCUCUCGCCCGUCCACAUCCUCGCCGUGUUCUCCCUCUGCCUCACGCUGGGCAUCAUUGCCGUCGCGGCUGUGGUUAAAGACGCAACCGCCAUUGUUGCCGUGUCGCUCAUUGCCAUACAGAGUUCUGUCGUUGGCCUCGCGUCCUGGUGGCGGCCCGUGCUUAUGAAGCGCAGCCACACCAACAAGGUCCCGGACGGCGACGUGGUCAUCCGGACUCGCGAAGGCGCGUUCCUGGUCAUCAAGUGCACCGAGGAGGUCGCGCGCGAGCUGUACUACGGCACGGACGAGUGCGACUACCACGUCGGCCCGCUGACGUACCGCGCCCUUAUGGGCAUCGGCACGUUCCUGCUCAUGGUGACGGUCAUCCUGCUCGGCAACUGCAAGUGGUGGAGCCAGGUCUUCAUCGCGGCGAGCUACAUCCUUCUCAACGGGCUGUACUGGCUGCUCGGGAUGCUGCCCAAGAAGCUGUUCUGGGACCUGAGCCGGUACGAGGUCCGUGACAUCACGCCCGACUACGCACAGGGCGCGCACGGCGAGACGGACCCGAGCGACCAGCGCGAGGGCGUCAAGAGCUUCACGCGGACUCUGUGGUGGGCGAUCCGCGAGACGAAGCGGACGGCGUGGGUCGAGAAGAACGGGGCGGCGCCCAUCACGCCGCAGUGGCGCGAGUGGCUGGCCGAGGCCGAGCAUGCGGCCAAGAACAACAACAUCAAGUGGCCGUCCGUUGCGCGCAAGGACGAGAUUAUGAAGAGGAGCUCGGAGGAGGCCCGCAGCCCCGUGUCGGUGGUUACCGAGACGCGGCGCGACUUUGACGCUGCCGAGCAGCGGGCCCCGGCUGCGGAGGUGCAGCCUGCCUCGCAGGAGCAAGCCGCGGGCUUGUUCUGA